CGUCAUACACGUUGCGUGAUCUAUACUUCUCUAUUUCCUUCUCAUUCGCGCCGCUCCUACCUUGCUUCGGAUGUCCUUCGAAUCGGCGUACUACAGCACCCAAUUCGACGCGACGGUACACGAGGCGUGGGUGGCCGAUCCGCCAGGCGCGCAAGUACCCACCAUUACAGACGACUAUGCGGCGGAGCUGCAAAGACUGCUCGAAGAUGGAUCGAACUUUGGCCCCAUGGACCCCUUUAUGCAGGACCCGCAGUGGCAGACGGCGCAGACAGGCUUUCCAGACAUGAGCUUCGGACUCGACGCGAGCAUACCCACCAUAGACGACGCCGCACUGGAUCAAAUGCUCCUCGAUGCCUUGCAAGCGACUCCCCCGGGAUCGAAUGAAGCCAGCACCUCGCCCGCCGUCUCGCCCGCCACCUCCCACGGCCCUCAAACUCCCCCUUCGGCGACAUCAGAUCAAGCACAAGACGUGAGGAUAGUCACUUACGACGCGCCCAAUCCCCCAAUAAGCGCCGCCGCCCCCGUCCUCUUGCACAAGCCCCCGCAACAACCCACGAAUUGGGGACCUACAUCACUAUAUCAGAAUGGAUACUCGCGAUUCAGCACGUACCCUGCCCCUCUCGUCGCCUCCCCCGCGGACCCCGACCCCUGCGCCACACUUCCCGGCCAGCACGUGACCCCGCAGCGAUUCCGCUCGCGCCCUUCGCGCGCCCCCGAUCCGCGCGCCCUCGCCAGGCAGAACGACCGGACGUACCACCCAUACGCCAGGCCCGAGCCUAGGACGCACGUCCAUAGCCCGCACACCCCUAGCCCGCUCGCCCAGACCUCGUACUCCCCCAGCCCGAACCCAUACUCCCCCAACCCCUACUCCUCAAGCCCCCACUCCGCGGGCCCAUACUCCUCGGGCCCAUACUCCCCGAGUCCAUACGCCCGCAGCGCGCCGCCCCACGGGCGCGUCGUCCUCCCCCACCCGCACCACGUCCUCCUCCCGCGCCGGAGCAAGUUCCGCGCGCAGCCCUGCAUGAAGGUCUUCUUCACCUCGAACGGCGAGGCGCCCUUCCUCCCGGACAUCCUGCUCGGCAACGCGCCCAUCGACGGCGGCGAGGACGCCGUCUUCGAGGGCUGCGGCUGGAUCCGGACGAAGGUCGAGAUAGACCUCCCGCACCUGCUGGACAAGCCGCACAACCUGAACACCAAGGACCGCAAGGGGAAUCCCGUCAAGCGCGAGUUCUUCGCCAAGUACCUCACCAUGGAGAUCCGCAGGCUGUUGGACAGUGUGAGGGAUAAGCCGCGUAUCCGCACCUAUGAAACCGAAGCGGAGCGCAGAAUAUUUGCCUCUUGGCCGCUGGAGCGUAUCUCGUUCGACCGUCUGCGACUUGUUGGGGCCGACUACUACCGGGAGUGGGUGCCGAAGCUGAUACUCGACGAGUCGCAUCUCGUAUGCCCUCAUCAAGCGGUUGUAUGGGAUGUUUGAACGUCUGGGCAAUGACGGUGCGGGACCUACGGCUAUGACCGUAUGGAUACGGACCUUUGACGAACUUGACGACGAAAAGGGACCUAUGUUUUUGGAAGAUCUUGGACUUUCUGUAUAAAUUAGGCGAUAAAUACAUGGUAGCGAUUUCCGCG